UUCCUCGCCCGGCCUUUGGUGACGUGCGGUGCCGGCUUCCCAUUGGCGGAGGACCGCGUCGCUCGCCGAUCUGCCCGGGCUUCUGCCCUCCCCCCCGGCAGGCGGAAGAGUCUCGCGCAGGACGGGGGUACUUAGAACACUGCUGUUAAUGGAAGAAUUCAUGUGUAAGUACAAAACAAGAAAGGCAAUCUAAUCUGUGAGGAAAUGGCAGGAUUCUUGGACAACUUCCGGUGGCCGGAAUGUGAGUGUAUUGACUGGAGUGAAAGAAGAAAUGCCAUUGCUUCGAUAGUUGCAGGUGUAUUGUUUUUCACAGGUUGGUGGAUAAUGAUAGAUGCUGCGGUAGUUUACCCUAAGCCAGAACAAAUGAACCACGCGUUCCAUACCUGUGGAGUGUUUUCAACGCUAGCUUUUUUCAUGAUAAAUGCUGUAUCAAAUGCACAGGUGAGAGGAGACAGCUACAGUGACGGAUGCUUAGGAAGAACAGGUGCUCGUGUCUGGCUCUUCAUAGGCUUUAUGCUGAUGUUUGGUUCACUAAUUGCUUCAAUGUGGAUUCUUUUUGGAGCAUAUGUUACACAGAACAUUAAUGUUUACCCUGGAUUAGCAGUGUUUUUCCAGAAUGCAUUGAUAUUUUUCAGCACUCUGAUCUACAAGUUUGGAAGAACGGAGGAGUUAUGGGGAUGAGAGAUCACAUACAGCAUUGUCUAUUCCAUAGUUGCUAU